AUGGCCACGCUGGGCUCGCCCUCUCCCCCCUCGUCCCCCUCGCGCACCAUGCGCCCGCGCGCCUGGGCCCGCAAGGUCGAGCGCUACUGCUGCAACACCAUCACCUACUUCCCCCUGCUGUUCGUCUACGGCCUGACCACUUGGGCCUGCUGGGUCGAGGUCAGCAUUGGCCUCGUGCCCUCGAAGAAUGCCUGGACCGGCCACUUCACCUCCGCCCUCGGCUUCGUCCUCUACUGCCUGCUCACCUGGAGCUACACCACCGCCGUCUUCGCCGACCCCGGCUCGCCCCUCAACACCCGCAAUGGCUACAGCAACCUGCCCGCCCAGGAAGGCGGCGGCAUGCACUACACCUCCUUCACCGUAAAGGCGUCCGACGGCGGCGUCCGCUUCUGCAACAAGUGCCGCUCCCACAAGCCCGACCGCGCCCACCACUGCUCCACCUGCAAGCGCUGCGUCCUGAAGAUGGACCACCACUGCCCCUGGCUGGCCACGUGCGUCGGCCUGCGCAACUACAAGGCCUUCCUGCUGUUCCUGCUGUACCUCACCUUCUUCUGCUGGCUCUGCUUCGCCACCUCCGCCACGUGGGUGUGGUCCGAGAUCCUGUCCGACAGCCAGUACACCGACUCCUUCAUGCCCAUCAACCACGUUCUGCUCGCCGUCCUCUCCGGCAUCAUCGGCCUCGUCAUCACCGGCUUCACCGCAUGGCACCUGUGGCUCACGCUCCGGGGCCAGACCACCAUUGAAAGCCUCGAGAAGACGCGCUACCUGUCGCCCCUCCGCCAGGCCAUGAAGCACAACCUCGACGACCGCAACUACCUCGACGCCCACGCCAACGGCCGCCUGAGCAUCGGCGACCAGCUGCGCGACAUCCACGCCAACGCACUCCCCGGCGUCACACGUCCGGAAGAAGGCGAGACGCCCUCGCGCUCCCCACCGCCCCCUCAUGCGUACCCCAACCCCAACGCCACCGCCACCGCCAUCGCCACCGCCAACGCCAACGGCUACUCGCACACAGCCUACAGCUCGUACGAGCACCGAGAACGCCAGCAGUACCAGGACCGCUACGACAACUACCUCGACGAACGAGACAACGAGCAGCUGCCAAACGCUUUCGACCUGGGAUGGAAACGCAACCUCGCCCACGUCUUCGGUCCCUCGCCCAUCAAAUGGUUCCUUCCCAUCAUCAACACCACCGGCGACGGCUGGUCCUGGGAACCGAGCCCCAAGUGGCUCGCAGCGCGCGACCGCAUACGCCAGGACCGCCAACUCGAGGAGCAGCAACAGAAGCAGCGCGAGCGCGCCGCUGGCUGGGGCAUCGACACCCCCACCGAAGCAGAGUUCAGGCGCGUCGGUCGCGUCGCUCAGGGCUGGCAGCCGGGCGGUUACAAUCCGCCCUCUCCACGUGUAUCCUACCGCCACGCCGACCAGACCCAAUACCUCUCCGCGACCAAAACCGGCACAGUCACAGCACACCGCGACGGACGCCGCAGCCCGAGCAAAGCAGACCAGAUCCUGGGUAGAGAGCAGGACAUGUAUGCGGAUGGCGAUGUGCCGCUUCAGACCAUCGAGACGAAGAAAAAGUACGAUCAGUACAACUACAUCUCGGAAGACGACGACGACGACGAGUACCAAGUCAGCAGCGAUGAGCAGGCUGCCGACCGCCGGGUCAGGACACAGACCAAGACGGUACCGCAGACCAAGAACUGGAACGAUCUCCCCGAGGGCUUCCUCGACGCACCGAGAAAAGGCAAGAAGAGCAGCAGCCGAGAAAGAGGAGCCAAGGAUUGGGACGAGUGGAGGUAG